AUGGCUCACCUCUCGGCGAACGAGGCGCCUUUUCGAACAACGCAGAGAGCUCCUCGGAGCUGCCGCUCCUGUGCGACUCGAAAGGUGAAGUGCGACAAAACAGUCCCAUGCUCAACCUGCAUAAAACGUGGAGAGGCCGAUGCGUGUACGCGGGAGAUGGUCAUUGUGCGGGGUGAAGUGAAAAUGUGGCAGGAUGCGCCCAAUACACCUACACACGCGGAAUUGAGCAGCGAGAACCAGUAUUUGCGGCUUGAACUCGAGAGUCUCCGGGCACAGAACGGUCAGGUAUCCAGAAAUAAGUCGUCUGUCAAGGAGCGGCCACCCCGGUCUUUAUCGAUAUGGUCGAACCGGAAGUAUAGACCCGACCACGAUGAGGAAGGUCUCGAAGAUAGGCUUUGGGAUAGUCUCUCGGCUGCCUCGAUAGGAACAGGCUCCACUGUCACAAGUUGGGCAGACAUUGUUCUCCCAGAUCGAAACUGCAGCAAACAGCUUAUUGCUUACGACAGGAAAUGGAACUCAUGGGUGCAUUACGCUGUCGAGUAUCCCCGGUUUGAGAACGAGUGCGAUAGCUUUAUCUUCGCCAUAGAAGCGGGGUCCACGAUCGAGACGCAAAACGCUUCGUGGAUGGCUGUGUACUUUAGCGUUCUCAGCGCCGCGCUCCUUAUGAUGGGGGACGACGAAGGUGAGGGGCUGGUGCUGCCACGAGGCACUCGAAACCGUCGAAGUACAUCGCGCAUGUGGUAUGAUGCGGCUAUCUUUGCUCUCUGGCGCGCUGACUUUAUGAGAGCCCCAAGCAUCCAUACAGUUCAAGCGAUCGCGGUUCUCGGUAUGUGCUUCAACACCUGGGGAGAUAUCGAACUAGGCCAGCACAUGUGGACGUCCGCUAUACGCGUUGCCGGGCGAAUCGGGUUGAACACACCCUACUCUCGUGCUGCUGGUUCAUGCUUGAGCGAAGAAGCCCAGCACCGGCUCUGGUGGACUCUUGUUAUCUGUGAAUGGUUGAAUUUACCAUACCAACCACCUGUGAUUGACGAGAUAGACUUUGAUGUACCACUUCCUCGUCUCAUGUCGCAUAAAGUCGACGGCAACAGCGCUCAUGACCAGGUUGAUUACCACAUUUUUAUGGCACGAUCAGCAACCGUCGUGUAUCGCUUUCGAGCUACGAUUCGAUCAGGUCUCAAAUCGCUGGACGAGCUCACCAAGGCAGUGCGGAGUGCGGACGAGGAACUGGCACAGAUUAUCGAUACGCUUCCCCCUCAUCUCCAGCCAGAUGUAGAUACUGCAAACGAAGAGAUACGCCAGAUUGAAUUCGACCAGCCGUGGAUAAAAUGGCAACGCUACGACCUUACUCUGGUUCUCUUACAUCUACGCCUUCGGUUACACCGCCACCUUCAGGCUCAAUGGCUCUCAGAUCCGGACGAAUAUAGCUGGGCAAAAGCUGUUAGCGUAAGCUCGGCCAUGAGUGUCAUUUGGAUCAACCGCAAUUGGGACCAGCCAUCGUCCUUACGGAAACAGUGGGCAUUGUCGCACCACAUCUUUGUCUCGGCCAUCCUGCUUGUCCGCCAAUGUGAGACUGGCGGAGAAAGAGAAGUCGAGACAUAUACCGAGGCGAUUCGCGCUGCUAUUGAUUUGCUCGAAAGUGUGAAGGAGUGGAACAUGCUUGCUCAUCACGCAGCUACAAUACUUCGAGAUUGCAUGGGCAGGCGAUUUAUUAACUGA